AUGGGAAGAAAAUGGAGAGGUUCUUGUGACGCUGACGUCACAAGGGCACGACUUCCUGUCCGCUCGCGCUGGUUCAGUAAAAUGGCAGCUACAGCUUUAGUCGAAGGUUCUUCUGGUAACGAUGCUGUUGCCGAGGGUUUGCUCGACCUCCUGAGACCAGCGAUACAGCAGCUCGACCUGCAUGUGAACUCGGUCAGAAAAAGCCAAGUGGAAUUAAGAGAACAUAUAGACGGUCUGGCCACAGAGUUAUGCAGGAUAAACGAACAUCAGAAGGUGGCUCUGGACCUGGACCCAUAUGUAAAGAAGUUGCUGAAUGCGAGGCGUAGAGUUGUGCUAGUAAACAACAUCCUGCAGAACGCUCAGGAACGUCUGAGGCGGCUCAACCACAACGUGGCCAAAGAGACGGCGCGGAGGAAGACAAUACUGGAGACAUCGGGCGUCUUCGCUUCCCGCUCACCUAGUAAACCAUGAACCUCACCUUGAACCUCCUGCUCCACACAGUAAAUACUGUGAGCUAUUUUGAUCAGCAGGAAAGGAUGAUUGUGAUUAUAGGAAGCUAAAAACCAGGAGGGGCCGGUCUUCCUUUGACAUUUGCUUGUCUUUUUGUUUAAUACCUUGCUGAUGUUCUGCUUUUGUCACAGUGAAAAAGCUGCUGUCUUCUUACCAUUUGGCAACUUCAGAGUACGGGCUUGCACAGUGGAGAUAUUUAUGUAAUAAUUCUAAUGCACUCAAUAAAUAGAUACACUAUGUGGACAAAACUAUAGGAGCCACA